AUGGGAAACUCGAGUAGUUCGCAGAAGAUCUCUGCCCAGGAUCGGGCAAUUCUCGACCUCAAAAACCAACGCGACAGACUGCACCAAUAUCAGCGACGAAUAACCGUCCUCACAGACCGCGAAACGGAAAUCGCCAAGGAAUGUCUCGCGCGCAAUGAUCGGCGGCGAGCACUGCUUGCCCUCCGACGCAAGAAAUACCAAGAAUCACUCCUUGAGAAGACAGACGGGCAACUUGCGCAGUUGGAGCAGUUGACUGGGCAGGUGGAGUUUGCGCUUGUGCAGAAGGACGUGUUGUUUGGAUUGCAGCAGGGGACGAAGGUGCUGCAGACUAUCAAUAAGGAGAUGGGUGGUAUUGAGGGUGUUGAGAGAUUGAUGGGGGAGACCGAGGAAGCGAGAGCUUAUCAGGAGGAGGUGAGCCAGAUGCUGGCGGGCCAUUUGACGAAUCAAGAUGAGGAUGAGGUCGAGGAUGAGCUGGAGGCUCUGCAGCGGGAACUUGCUGGUCCUGAAAUCCUGCCUGAUGAUGUCGUACUACCAAGUCCGCCUACUGCUGAUCUGCCUGUUGAAGAGGUGGUGCCAGAGUUGACUCAAAGAACCAAGGCUAAGGCUCAGACUCGGACGGCUUUGCCUGCUCAGUAG